UCUAAUGUUCUAGAUUAUUAUAUUCAUUCUACUUUUCUUAUAAAAACUAUAAGUCUUCAAUAAUGUAUUUUUAAUAUUAUUUGAAUAAUUACUAAAAAUUACUAUUUUUUAUAUUUAUAAAUUAAUCAAUCAUCAUAUUAUAUUGUCCUCUAAUUGUAUUUUUAAUGAUUAAAAAAAAUAUAUAAAAAAAUUAACUUCACCCCACCUCUUCUUGAAAAAUCAUUUGUCAGUUAAUGGGCUAGUAAAACAAUAAUCUUAUAAUUGAAUAAACUACUGAAUACCUAUAUGUUAAACUUAAAUUAAAUUAAAAUAAUUCUGUAUUUAAAUUGUAUGCUAUCAUAACUUUAAAUUUGACUACAAGUUCCAUUAAUGAUUUUGUAAUAAACAUAGGUAUUAAAAAUAUAAUGGUUACAAUAAAUAGUAUGAAGGUGUGCAAUUUGAUCGACAAAAGUGCCGGCUCAGAAAAAGAAAAUGACAAACAAUACUUAUACUUAUGCUCUGUGGCGAAAAUUGAGUGUGGUCAGAACGAGGGAACAGCAGUUUGUGUUCACACAUCUGAUGCUAUCGAUGGACACCUGUUCCUCACUUGUGCACAUGUCGUAGACCAUACAGUACAAUCAGUUAUACUACGUUAUGAUGGACGUGCAAUUAAAGGUAGAGUUAUAUAUGCUAAUCGUAAGACUGUUCCGUAUGAUAUUGCUAUUAUUGUAACUGAACGAAUUAUAGACAUUUUACCAUGUCAGAUAUCAAACAAAACCCCAACCAUUGGUCAAAAAAUGUUUUCGGUUGGAUUCCCUUGUCGAGAAUAUGUACCGUCUACAGUUUUUGGUCACAUGCACAGAAUGAUACAUGGCAUAUUGACAACCACUUGUAAUGUGCGUGAAGGGUUUAGCGGUGGUCCAGUCUUUUCAGUCGACAGACAAUUAUUGGGUCUCACUGUUGGAAAGUUGAAUGUGGGCACUAUUCAUUUUGUAUUGCCUUCUACAGAAUUUGUGGAAACUAUUAAUAAAUAUAUCAUCACUAAUAAUAUUGAAGUACUUAAUAAUUUAGAAUCCAAGUGCCCAUUGAAAAUAAUGUUGUGGAACAAUGGAAUUCCUACCUUCAAUGUAUGUCAUAUUUAAUUCAAGCAGAAAAAUAUUCUCAUAUACCUAUAUUGCUAUGAUGAGUAUAAUGAUUUGUGUACUUUAUUAGUAAUGGUUUUGAUUUUUGAAACUAUUGUUAUUGCAGUCUUGAAAAUAUUUAAAAAUGUUAAGAGUAUAUGGAUUUUAUAAA